AUGUUCAUCCGCAUGUGCCGGAGCAGCACCCGCGUAAAAGGCAAGAUGGACCUUCCUGUGCUCGUCAUUGCUUCGAGGAAAACAAAGACCAAUCUUUCCAAUAACCUGACACAUCAGUAUCUGGCGAGGCACAUCGACUGGCAGCUCUGCGGCGUUGGCGGGGUUUUCUUGUGGAUUCAUUGGCUAUACGAUCUCGUCCCGAUUAGAUACGGCCCUGGAGUGGUACCUCGCCUCAACUUUCGGAAGCCGCGUAAGUGGACCAAGAAGCACCUAUUCUUUGGCAUAAGGAAGCCGAAAGACCCUCCUCCACAGCCGCAAGACGAGAUGAAGUACGUGACUCACAACAACUGGAUCCGCUGGGUCAUGAAACAGGCAGGUUGGAUGUUAAGCAAGGUGACCCACAUUUUCAGACGAUCGGGGGCGCAGGGGCUGAGCGACGACCGUUGCGCCGAUGCAGACAUUGGCGCUCUAGGUGGGUGGGAGCAGGGCGAGAUGCGGAAGGCAUACAUUAUUGGAAUCCCUUUUCAUCCGAUGCUCAUGAUGGCUGGAUUCACCGGAACUCCGGGGGAUUACUACAUCGGCAGAGCACACGCUGUUCUCCCAGUCAAAAAGGAGUGGAAAAAGCUGAAGAAGCUUUUCAGAAAGCACAUCUUCCCCUGGGCCGAGAAGCAGUUGAAAAAGGGAGAGCACAAGACAGCGAAGCUUCUCGCAGAGAACCAUUGCUUGCGGAAGCAGAAUGGGCAGAAGGACGUCCUCACCGCCGAGCUUCAGGCCGAAAACCGUGCGUUGAAGAGCGACAAAAAGAGUCUCCUGGAGCAGCUGGAACAGCUCAAGGCCGAGUUGGCCGCUCUCACGGUUUCCUCGGCGGGCAAAGUUGGCGCCGACAACUCUGCCGCAAGAGCUGCGGGCUCCUCGAAGAUGGAGAAAGGUGGAGCUGGCCCAUCAGCCCCAGAGCCAGCUGCACCUACUCCAGAGAUUGUCUACUUCGACAGUGUAGUGAGUCCGUGGCGUGACAGCACCACAGUGGCAGACGCAUGGGCGCUGUGGAACAAGUCAAGUUUCCUUGUGGAAGGCCGAACACUGCGUGCAGUUGCAGAGGAUCCUGGAUUUAUCGUUAAAUGGGCACAUUUCAAGAGGGGAGAGGAAUGCGAGGACGAGAAAGGCAAGUUCAAGCCCACCGUGCGUCUGGCCGCCAAGGAUGGCACAUGUGAAAAGAAGCUGCGUCGCAUCCACAAAGCUAUGUUAGCGGUGGAGAAGUUCAGGGUGGACGACUCGUUGGAGGCGACGACCAAUGCCGUGAACGUGCUCGACGAGGUGUUGUUCCAGACAUCUCCCACGGUUUUCGCAGAUGGGCUAAUCGUUAAGGAGAAGAGGGGCACGAAGAGGCAGCGAACAUCGACGGUUGGGGGGAAUAGCCUCACGGACGAUGCGCAAGAGAGGGUCUCGUACCUUCACGUGCUGAAUGGUCUGCGCGACUACACGUGGGGGCAAGAACUCUUCGGCAAAGCCAAGUGGAUGACGAUCAAGGACGUUUAG